CGAACGACGGUCCGCGGGCUCGCGGCGCGACGGAUAUUCCACGAGGAGCGGAGAAUCGUCCUCGUGAGGGAGGCCGGCGAAGAGAUAGGCCGCGUUGUGAUUUGCGCGUCCCCUCCGACCCCUCCGCUGUGUGCGUGUGUGUGUCCCGAGUUUCUCGGGACACCCGGCGACCUCGAAUUUUGGCGCGAGUGCACCGCCCGCGGCGACAACUUCGCGCCGAUCGCGCACCGAUAGUUCGGAACAAAAAUUCAGAAAAUACAUUAAAUCCAUUAUGUCUUCAAAUACAAUUGAAACACUCCAUGCUGCGGUACGUUUCUAUUCUGAUGAAAGGAGAAAAGUAUUAAUUGUGCCUAUUAGUGACAUUGAACAUUUUGAUCGUGAAAACUGUACCAACCAACCAUAUAAUACAUAAACACAGUAAUGACGAUGAACAUAAUUCCCCCUUAUCACCAGGUGAAGUCUUAUGUGUUGGAAGUAAAGAAGAUUUAUUAAAUAAAGGACGCUAUAAAUUUUUGAAAAUUCGUCGCAGUGAUGCAUUGCAACAGUUGCUAAUGAAGCAAAUAGAAAUGGAACACCAAAACAAAAAACCAAGAUUACAAAGAAAUCGCACAAUGGCAAAAAGAUUUCCACGAAGUUAUAAAUAUUAUUUGCGGUCGUGCAGAGUUGAAGAUGUAAGUCCCAGAAUCAUGAGAAGAUUGAAUUUUAAACCUAAAGUACGGCCAAAUAGAAUUACUUGUAAAGAUAGUAUUGAGGAUGUUCAAUACGUUGCUGAAAAUAUGGAUAUGGGUAACAUUAACAAAUCACAUGAAGAUACUGUUACAAUGCAAGAAGCUAUUAUGGAAAACAUUAAUGAAAUAGUGGAUACUUCAAUCGACGUUAAUAAAGCGCAAAAUGUUUGCACGGAAAGAGGUGCUGGAACAAUAGAAGCUGAAGCAUUCAAAAUUUGCGAAAAAUUAAUAACAGAGGAUACAAAUAAUAUACAGCUGGACGCAAUUGAUUUCGAUGACGUGUUAAACGUAGAAAAUAUAAAGGGGAAUGAUAUAAACGUCGCCAGCGAUCCUGAGAACAAGAUGAUUUAUACAGAAGAUCAAGUUUCAGAAUGGGAUUCGGAUUUAUUGGUUAUAUUUAAUGAUUUAACAGACGACAAAAAUGACCAUCAACAUGAUAUAUGUCGAACACGCACUUUACAAGAGUUUACGUCACAUGAAGAUUUUCUGAGUGAUAUUGAAAUACCUGUAAACAAAUCACGAGGUGAAAUAUUUUUAUUGAUUAUCGAAUACAGUUUAAAAUAUAAAUUAUCAUUAAAUGAAAUUAUAAGUAUGCUGCAACAGAUCAAUCUUAUCUUUUCAAGAUUAAUAUUACCCGAUGCACGAUGGAUAGUCGAUAAUAUUUUAAAUCCAAAAGAUAAGAUAGAAAUUCAUGGAAUUUGUCCCAACUGCUGUAAAUAUAUUGGCAAAAUAAAUGAUGUAGAAUCUUGCGUAAUUUGUGAUGUAUGUUCCGAAACCAAUAAUUUAGAAAAUCCAUCGUCAUCAAAUAUUUUUGUAAUGAUUGAUCCUACGGAAAAUAUUAAAAUUCUAUUGGAAGAAAACGCUGAAUAUUAUGACAACGUCAUUAAAUUAAGGACAUUCAAUGGAAAAAUAAGAAACAUUUUUGAUGGAAAUAUGUACAAGUCAUUUAUAAAAAAAUUACCUGAAAAUGAUAAACAUAAUUACGUCACAACCAUAUUUAAUACCGACGGGGCACCGAAAUUUGAGAGUUCGAAUUACUCGAUUUGGCCCAUAUAUUUACAGCUAAAUGAAAUACCUAUUCAAACAAAAUUGAAUAGGAUAAUCACCUGUGGUAUAUGGUUCGGACGAAAUAAACCCGAAAUGACCGCUUUUUUACAUCCAUUUACAGAAAUGAUGACUAAAUUAGCAAAUCAAGGCAUAACAUGUAGAAUAAACAAUGAAGAACGUUUGAUUAACGUAUACUCUCUAAUUUGUUGUGUGGAUUCAGUUGCAAGGGCUCCCAUGCAAGGAGUUACAUUAUUCAAUGGGAAUUACGGUUGCAACUGGUGCUUACACCCAGGCGAGUGAUACGAAGGAAGUAAUAGGUAUCCUAUUCUUCAACAUACUGUAGAAGAGAGAAAUAUGAAGAAUAUGAUAAAAUUUAUGAUGAAAAUUAAUGAUAAAGAAUGUGCCGAUGUAUAUGGAUUAAAGUCUAUUUCUCUUCUCAUAAACUUACCUUAUUUUGAUGUUUGUAAAGGAUUCGUUCCAGAUUAUAUGCACUGCUGCCUUGCUGGUGUUGGAAAACAGAUAACAAAUAAAUUUUUAGAAUCGUUGUCAACAUCAAAAAUAGAAUAACUAAAUAAAAUUUUACUAAAUGUAAAGGUUCCUCACCAACUAGGCCGAUUAAGUAGAUCAUUUGCCGAUAUCAGUGACUGGAAAGCUAAAGAGUGGGAGAAUUUUAUUUUAUAUUACAGUUUGCCUUUAUUCCGAUACGCUUUACCGCAACGCUUUGUGAAGUACUGGAGUUUAUUUGUUGAAAGCUUGUACACGCUUUUGAAAUGUGACAUAAGCCUUGAUGAACUUAAUAAAGCAGAUGAAGACUUACACACGUUCGUAUUUUUAACACAAGAAUUAUUUUCAAAGAAAGCUAUGACGUUCAAUAUACAUCAGCUUAUUCACAUUUCUGAAAGCGUAUUAAAUUGGGGGCCACUUUGGUCUCAUUCAACUUUUCCAUUCGAAUCCGCGAAUAAGGAUAUACUGCAAGCUAUCCAUUGUGCAAAAGGUGUAAAUCUACAGAUUGUUCGCUAUGUCCAUAUGCAACAAACUUUACACACUUUGCGUCAUCGCAUAUAUCCACAAGCAUCUCCGUUAGUGAUAAAUUAUUGUGAACAGCUAACAGUGAAAAGAAUUAAGAAAAGUUGUAAAGUAUCAUCCAUAACUUACCUGAGAAGUGGAAAAUUUAUAGAUGAAAAUAUUGCACAAAAUUUUGGAAUGUCUGCAAAAUGUACAUUAGCUUAUCAGAGAGCUAUUAUAGAUGGUUGUCUUGUGUCAUCGAAACAAAACAAUAAGCGCUCUGACAACAGCUUUGCAAUAUUAACUGAUAAUACCUUUAUUCGCAUACUUUUUUUUUAGUUGACGAUGAAAAUAAUAAAGAAAUCACACUCUGUAAUAUUGUUAAUACUUCAAAUAGAAUCUGUAACUUUCUAAGUAUGGUACGUAAUAUUGGAAAUGAAACCAUAGCUAUACAAACUAAACAAAUUGCACAAAUUUGUGUUUUUAUUGAAAUACUUGAAGAAUGUUAUAUAGCAACGCUGCCUAAUAUUUAUCAUUAUUAAGUUCUUUUUAUAUUUUCUUUUCCUUGUAAAAAUUAAACCAUUUUUAAUAGUUUGAGGUCAAAUAUAGCCAUUUUAUCGCUGGAAACUAGCAAUUUUCUACCUAUUUAUACUACACUGGCUAGUUUCUACUUUAAAAAUGGUUUUGU